AUGACCACCAUCAACGGCAACGCGAGCGCCAACACCGGCGCCAGCUCCAGCACCACCUCAGUGCCCUCGGCCGACCUCGGCAUUCACGUUCGCGACAAGCAGUUUGCGCUCACUUCCCGCGGCGCCGACUACCGGUUCCACGUCGAUUCUGACGGCGAGCUCGUUCACGACUACUUCGGUGCGCAUGCCCCGGGACUAGCCCCGUGGGAGUCGCGCGGCGCCAACGGGUGGGGACACAAGCAGGUGGACGAGCGCCGCGAGUUCCCCGACCAUGGCCGUGGUGACUUCCGCUUGCCGGCUGUCCAUGUCCGGCACUCCACGGGCUCGACGGUCAGCUUCUUCGAGUACGUCGGCCACGACAUCGUUCCAGGCAAGCCCAAGCUGCCUGGUCUUCCGGCGACGUUUGGCACACCAGAGGACGUCACCACGCUGGUGGUACAUCUCGAGGACCACCGGUCAGGCGUCAAGGCCGACCUCAACUACUCGGUGUUUCACCAGCACAAUGCCAUCGCGCGUAGCUUCACUCUCACGAACAACGGCUCGAGUUCGGUAGAGAUCCAGCGUGCGGCGAGCUUCUCCAUCGAUUUUGGGUCGGGCGACUGGGACAUGGUCUCGCUCUCGGGCGAGUGGUGCCGUGAGGCCCAGGAGACGCGCCGCAAGGUGCAGAUUGGGACGCAGGGCUUCCAGAGCUCCACCGGCUACUCGUCGCACUACUUCAACCCCUUCGUCGCCCUUCUCCCAUCCACGACAACCGAGACCCACGGUCCGGCAUACGGCAUCUCGCUUGUGUACUCUGGCUCGUUCAGCGUCGAUGUCGAGCGGCACGCAUUCAACCUCGUUCGAGCUUCGAUUGGCCUUAACCCGCUUCACCUCUCGUGGCCUCUGGCCCCCGGCCAGUCGUUCACGACUCCCGAAGCCGUGGCCGUCUAUUCGUCCGAGGGUCUCGGCGGCAUGAGCCGAAAUCUGCACCGACUCUAUCGCAACCACCUGUCUCGCUCCCCAUGGACGCUGCGGGAACGACCGGUGCUCCUCAACUCGUGGGAGGGCAUGUACUUCAAUUUCACCGCCGAGAUGCUCUACAAGCGUGCCAGGGACGCGGCUGAGCUUGGCGUGAGCCUGUUCGUUCUCGACGACGGAUGGUUUGGUGACAAACACCCUCGCGUGCAUGACAAUGCCGGGCUCGGUGACUGGGUCGUCAAUCCCAAACGCUUGCCCUCCGGGCUGGACGCCUUUGUCAAGACAGUCAAUGCGAUCGAGGUCAAAGGAGGACGCGGCCCACUCAAAUUCGGUAUCUGGGUCGAGCCGGAGAUGGUUAACCCCAGCUCGGAGCUAUACGAGGCACACCCAGACUGGGUGCUCCACUCUGGGACACACAAGCGCACCGAGAUGCGCCAGCAACUCGUGCUCGAUCUGAGCAAACGCGAGGUGCAAGACUACAUCAUCGACGCCAUUGGCAAGAUCCUGUCAUGCGCAAACAUCGAGUAUGUCAAGUGGGACAACAACCGAGGCAUGCACGAGGUGCCGUCGCCGACCACGCCGCACUCCUACAUGCUCGGCCUGUACCGCAUCCUUGACUCGUUGACGACAUCGUUCCCGAAGAUACUGUUCGAGGGAUGUGCAUCGGGCGGUGGGCGAUUCGACCCCGGCAUCCUGUGCUACUGGCCCCAGUCGUGGACGUCGGACGACACGGACGCUGUCGAGCGCCUGCAUAUCCAGUUCGGCACGUCGCUCGCGUACCCUCCCUCGUCGAUGGGCUGCCACGUGUCGGCGGCGCCAGGGGAGCAGGUGGGCCGCACCACCCCCCUGCUAUUCCGCGCACAUGUCGCGCUCAUGGGCGGUUCGUUUGGAUUUGAGCUCGAGACCGAGAAGAUGUCACCCGAGGAGCGCGGGCAGGUGACAGAGAUUGUUGCGCUCGCAGAAAAGGUCAACCCGUACGUCAUCGACGGCGACCUGUACAGACUGGCGCUGCCCGACGAGUCGAAUUGGCCAGCAGCACUGUACGUCAAGCCGGAUGGCUCUAGCGCUGUGCUACUCGCCUUCCAGGUCUACGCGCGCAUCCGCAUCGACACGCCGCUACUCCGUCUCCAGGGCCUGGACCACUCGGUGUACGAGAUCGACGGUGUGCACUACUCCGGCGCGGUACUUGCCCACGUCGGCCUCAAACUCGACUGGAAGCCGGUGCACUUGCCAGCGGCUGAUCAUCAAAGCAAGGUGCUCUUCAUCAACCGGGUGUAG